GGAAUAUCAAAAGGGCGCUAUAUACCGGCAGAUGCUUGAGUACAAGCGGGAAAAGAUAAAUUUGGAGGGUCGCGUGCAAGAACUCGAGAAAAAUUCGACAGACCAUGAUGACCACAUUCGAAUAAUGGACGCAUGGGUCCUCCAGUUAUUACAAGAAAUAGAGCUGCUUGUCGACGGGACCAUAUCGUCACGCAGCUCCGCAGACCUGUCACCGGGAUCUGCCCUCUCAUUCAAGGACAGCAAGGAUUUCCAGCGACACCUUGGAGACAAAGGGAAAGCCUUCAAAUCCAAGACGGAUGCUAUUCUUAAGCGACUGGCUGGCGCACGGGGUGAGGUAAAGCCUGAAGUAGCCCAGCUGGAAUCGCAAGUGAAGUCUCUGCUUGCGCAGCACAAAGAAUUAAUCGUCAAGGUCGACAGACUCGAGGCCCAGAACGCGUCGCUCUCGGAGCAGUACGAUAAGGCAACCCUGAAGGUGAUAAAGGCCGAACGCAAACUGGACCGCGCGCGGAGCGCUCAGGUACAGAAGUUGGAGCAGCAGGCACUCGCUAGUGCUACAGCUGCUCCGACCUCGAACGAUGAAAACGGCACUGGCUCAAGCAUGGCGAACGGAGAUAGCGAAGCCCUGAAACUGCAGUAUCAAGAGGCGAUGGCCGUGGUGGCUAAACAGAAGGAGCAGCUCGAAGCAGCACUGUCCGAAAACAAGACCCUGGUAGAGGAGAACUCGACGUUCAAGGUUAAGAAGGAAGCCAUUUCAGACGAAGACUAUGCCCGAACUGAGGUCUUUAAGCAAUUCAAGGCCCAGAACGAGGAUCUUAUCAAGCGGAUCAAUCACCUGGAGGCGACUAAUAAGCAACUCCGUGAGGAAGCCGAGAAGCUGCGCGCAGAGAGGACCGAGUGGAAGACCAAGCUGGAAUCCGAGGCGCAAACCGUUACACUGGAACUCGAGGAUCAGAUUCAGCAGAAAGAACAGGAUCUGACGCGCAUCCGUUCCGCCCGUGAUGAACUCCUUGCCGAAGUUGCUAUGCGGAAGGCCAGCCAGGAGCAAGAGAAGACGGCUUUGUCCCAGAUGAAGGAAUUGGUCGAAGCCAAGGUAGAUCGCAUUACGCAGCUCGAAUCAGAGCUGGAGCGAUUACGGCCAAACGAGGACACGCCCAUGUCGGAUUCCCGCUCAGACCUCGAGGCGCUUUCCGCUGAUGAACUGCGGCAGAAGUACCUGAAACUAGAAAAGGAUUUUGAAGCCAUCAACAAAGAGCUGCCGCUUUUGGAAAGGUCGUACAAAAAGUCGAUGGGGCUGGCACACAAGAAAGUCAUGGACUUCCACGCGUUGGAGGAAAGAGUCGCGACGCUCACGGCUGAGAAGAGCAAGGCGGACCAAAAGUACUUUGCCGCGCGGAAAGACAUGGACAUCAGAACGGCCGAAAUUCGGACGCUGCGGGCACAGAACGGAAAGAGCUCCGAGAUCAUAUCUCAGCUCAAAGACGUGGAGACCCACAACCGCGCAUUGAUUAGCAGCCUUGAGAAGCAGAUUGCGGCCCUGAAACAGGAUAUUUCGGCGGCAAUGACGGAGAAAAAGAGGCUGGAGCAGCUGAGCACCGAAGCGACUCGGAGGGCAGAUUCCUGCAAAUCACAGAUUGUCAACCUUACCGACCUUGUGAAAGCGAAAGAUGCGGCGGUUGUGGCUAUGAAGGAGCAACUCGUGAAUCUCGAGGCAGAACUUGAGAAAUACAAGGUUGACGUCAAGGAGCUCAAGCAGGACUGCAACAAGUGGAAGCUCAAGUGCCAGAGCAACUCAUCUGAGGAGGAAGAGGCACUCAGGAAUCUGGUGAUUUGCUCGGUUUGUCGAAGCAACUUCAAGAACACAAUAUUGAAAGGGUGUGGACACGUCUUUUGCAACAGUUGCGUGGAUGACAGGCUCGCGAACCGCAUGAGGAAGUGUCCGAGCUGCAACAAGGCCUUCGACCGCUCUGAUGCCAUGGCUGCACACCUCUAGGUGAAGGUCGACAGCAUCGCUCACCUUCAGCUGGACGAGGGCCAGCUCAGGCAGCUCCGGACACAGGAAGCGCGGGAGCACACCCAGACGUGGACCGAGAUGAUUCAGAGCCGUCGUUUCCAAUUCACCGCAUCUUAAUCAUAUGCGGCUACAGCACGAAGUCGGAAGCUGGAAAGGAGCACGAGGCGAUAUGUGUAUGACGGUUCGAGCUGUUGGAUUUUAUACCAAAUGUACCUCUACUGGUGUCAGAGUUCCCUGGCGUGUGACAAGUGUGAACGGAUACAUGGAGUGUGGUUCGCGUUCGGAUACUCAGGUUCCAAGGUCGGGGUGAAAGGGUAGAGCGGCGUCGGGAGCAAAGCAACGAAACGCGCUAUAGCACAAGGGCACGCUGUACAAACCACGACUUGAAUUGAUUCCCCAGCUUUGUUCUUCUCAA